AAAAAUGCUAAAGUGCCAUCUCUACCACACGUGCAUCCACGGAGGGCCUAGGAAUUGUGUAUUCAUUCAUCUCUUCAUUCGCAAUGACUGAUAGUUUCAACAAAUACUGCGAAGAGGCUGCGUCCACGAAUCUACCCAGCUCGGAGGAUGAGGAAGACAUCGGGGACGACGACACCUGUAGCGCUCAACAGUUGGCCAAAGAAUUUCGGAAUUUCAGGCCCAAAGAUGAAUCGGGAGUCUCCCUGCAACGGGACUACGUCCUUUGCCUGGAUGCAGACAGGGGGUUCAGCAGGAUAGCGGCAGGCUUGUCCAGCUCCGCCGUGCACAUAUUCAACUUGGAUGCGAACGGUGGCGGUAGGCUCGAAAAGUUUUGCUUCCUGCCGCCCUCGGACACGAAGACAUCGAGCAUAUGCGGCGUGAGAUUCCUCGACGAGGGACCGGACAACGUGCUUGUGGGCAGUACGAAUGGUUAUGUACUUCUCUACGACCUGCGGGUGAAAGGAGAGCAGGCCCGAUUCCGCCACACGGAAAAAGACAAAGGCCAGUUGCCGGUUUCAAAGUCGAUAACCUGCUUCGACCGGAAUGCCAAUGGACGGAUUAUUUGCAGCGGUACGGAGCAGUACAUGAGUAACGUCCACCUACUUUUCUUCGAUGUUCGCGAACGCAGUUUUAUGGGCGUCUACAAUGAGAGCCACGAGGACGACAUUACCUCUGUACGGUUUCACGACCGCAACCCGGAUCUUUUGGUCACCGGAAGCAGUGACGGAUUGGUAAACCUAUUCGACGUAAAGGAGUCCGAGGAAGACGAGGCUCUCCUGAACACCAUCAACACGGAGAGCAGUGUGGGGCGACUCCAGUGGCACAGGAACGUCUACGAGAAGGACAUGGUCUCCUGCAUCACGCACCAGCAUGAGUUCAAGAUUUACGAGUGCCAGGAGGGCGAUGAAGUGUCCUCGUUGGAGAGAUCGGACAUCACGGCAGCCAUAAGAAGAAAGAAUCCCGCCAAUUGUACUCCGAUCAAUGCCCACAACCAGGAGGACGGAGGUCUAUUCCUCUUGGCGGGUACAAAUUUCAAUCGCGGAGAGGUCCUGCGAUCGUUCAAUGUCGCCUCCAAAACCAAAUUGGAGCCUCUGGCCAACUAUCUGGGAAACAAGCAGAUCGUAAGGGACAGUGUGUUUGAUGCCAAGAGAGGACUGCUGGUGACAGGCGGCGAGAGUGGCAUUGUCACCGUUUGGGCGGAACAGGAUUCGUCAGAAGCCAGCGGAAGUGAAAAAUUAAAGAUUAAGUCAGGAAAGAAGAAUCGUAAAAAGACGCCGUAUUGAAUAAGUUUUUAUGUAUUUUAAAAUAUAGAAAAUAAAUAAAAAAAAUUGAACUACUGAAA